CAAACACGACAAACAAACGAAACUUUUCUUAAAACUUUUACAGAUCCUGUCAUGAAUGGUAACAUGAUUAGAUUUUAAAAUAAAACACUUCAAUAAAAGGCCCAAAGACAAAUUCUGUGAAGGCAGACUCUAAUUGGAGCAAAAUUGUUGACGAAAAAGGCAUGGAUGAUAUAAUGCCAGGUAGUGUACUUGAAAAUGAAAGUGUAACAGUGGAUCCAGACUCUCAUUUGAGCAAAAUUGUUGACGAAAAAGUCAUGGAUGAUAUAAUGCCAGGUAGUGUACUUGAAAAUGAAAGUGUAACAGUGGAUCCAGACUCUCAUUGGAGCAAAAUUGUUGAUGAAAAAGGCAUGGAUGAUAUAAUGCCAGGUAGUGUAAUUGAAAAUGAAAGUGUAACAGCGGAUCCAGACUCUCAUUGGAGCAAAAUUGUUGACGAAAAAGGCAUGGAUGAUAUAAUGCCAGGUAGUGUAAUUGAAAAUGAAAGUGUAACAGCGGAUCCAGACUCUCAUUGGAGCAAAAUUGUUGACGAAAAAGGCCUGGAUGAUAUAAUGCCAGGUAGCGUAAUUGAAAAUGAAAAUGUAAUGGUGGAUCCAGACUCUCAUUGGAGCAAAAUUGUUGACGAAAAGGGCAUGGAUGAUAUAAUGCCAGGUAGUGUAAUUGAAAAUGAAAGUGUAACAGAGAAAGUGACUAUUGAAUUGCCCAACCAAGACACUCAGGACAGUGGAACUGGUGGAAGCGUGACAAAUUCCUGUGAAUCCUUAGGAGAUUUGCGAAGAGGUAGUAACUCAAGUUUUAGAGAGGUAUUUGAUGCAAAUAGUGUCAGUAAUCAAAUGCCAACACCAUUGUAUUUGUCACCAUCUCGUACAGAGGAUUUAAACCAUUGGGGUGAAAAUGGUAAUGUGUCCUCAAGUAUUGAGAACUUGAGUGAUGAUCUUGUGAUAACAAGCCCUCGCAAUGUGUCGGAUUGGGAAGAUCUUGUUCCAAUGGUUGUGUCAGCUCAUAAUAAGAAGAAGAGCGACCAAACACGAUUAGAGAAUGAGUGUAGAAGUGCUCACAGACAGGAAGGAUCUGUGGACAAUGUGAAUGGUCAACCAGCUGCUAUUCAGGUGGGAAGUUUCUUGGGUUCUUCUCUUGGCAAUUCUGGGACUAGAGAAUUUGUAUCUGGCUCUAUAAACAGCGAUGAUGGACUGCGAGUUAUUGUGCCGGAGAAGGGAAACUCUAAGAGUCACAGAUUCGAGAAUAGGGUUGAACCGUUUGUAUGUGGAGAUGAUGGUGAUGAUGUUCAGGAUAAAAAGCCUGUGAAGCAGGAACGAUUGAAUGUGUUGAACAGUACUUUUGGCCGCAGAUCUUCUUUAGAAAGUGUUGGGACAUUAGGAUUGCUCAUGCCAGUUAUUCCACUUGUGCCAGAGGUCCGAGAGGCGGACACUCUGUCAGAUAGAUUCAAGAUUCUUCAGGAUGAUAAGUGUGAUCUGAUCUUAGCAGCUGCUCACAUUGAUGAUGCUCUCAAGGGCAGGGGUACCUAUGGUAAAGCCAGGAGUAUCUUCAAACCGAAAGCCGUGCAGCGAGUGUUCAGGAUAAUAGAGAGUAGAUGGUAUCGCUGGUUAAUGUUCCUCGCUAUCAUCACUCACAGCAUUUUGGUCCUUUUUGAGCCAACACAGAUUCACAUCCUUCCUGGACAGAUGCAUCCUGCUGUGAUCACAUUAGAGGUUGUCUGUGUUGUCAUAUACAUUGCUGAUAUUGUGCUCAAUCUCACCUUUUAUACAUGGCCCAGAUUCUGGAAAAAAGAGGAAAACUUGUUCUUGCGAGCUGAGUUUGUGCUGGUGUGUAUGUUCCUUGUUGAUUUGGUAAUGCUGGGCAUUCAAGAAAUCAUGGAAGUGAGAUUGGCUCAACCCUUCCGAGCAUUGCGUCCUUUCGUGUUUGUCUGCAAAGCCAAGAAUAUUGCCCACAUGUUUGAAGUGUCUAUGUCAAUUGCACUGAGUUUAGGCAAGGCUCUUUUUGUCAUCCUUGGAUUCCUACUGGUGUUCUCGGCAAUAGGAGUGCAUCUCUUCAUGGAUGAUUAUACAUUCAUCAGCUGUGCAUCGGCCAUUCUGCACACCAAAAACACAACAGAAUGCAACCAGUAUGAAGCACAUAAUAAUGGAUCUUUUGAUCACAUUGGACUUGCAAUAAUUCGCUUGUUUGUGCUGUUGACAACAGAAAACUACCCAAAUUUUAUGCUACCAGCUUUCAAUCACACCCAAGUCAACUUCUUAUACUUUGGUAUUUUCCUGUAUGCUGGUGUUUUCUUCUUGACUCCUAUACUUGUCGCCAUUAUUGUCGACAGCUACUGGAAAGUUGCGAAGCUUCAUGUGAAGAAAGAGCGAACUAGAGAACGUCUAGAACUGGCCAAAGCUUGGAAUAUCAUGGAUGCCUUUGAUGAGGGGGCAUUGCAGAUCACUGACAAGAAGUUCUUUACUCUAUUCCACAUUAUCAGACCAGAGCUCACUGAGGAAGAAAUCAAUGUAUUGAUUGAUUAUAUCGAUGAGGAUGGAGAUGGUGAAAUAGAUGCAUUUGAAUGGACAACCCGGUUGACUGAUGCACUUCAGUACACCUUUGCACAAGAGAGAGCAGAAGAAAAACUUAUAAAUGCUCCACGACGGCCAAAGAGUCGUGAAAAACUGCAUAGUUUCUUACAGGGGUCAAUUGUCUCAAGGGGUAUCAUCAUUUUAGUGGUCAUUUACCAAGUGUUGUUCUUCCUGCACUGGGCCAGAAUGUCAUGGGGUGCUGAAAUCGCUGUCCAAAUACUACAGUCAGUCAUAGCUACUAUAUUUUUGGUGGAGAGUAUUCUGCGCAUCAUAGCAAGUGGAACGACCAUUCUUGUCUAUACCGAGAUCCUUGAUAUCGUGCUCUGUUUCAUUGCGUUCGUCUCCAACAUAUUAUGGUACCUCGUGCCAUAUGCUUUCACAGUCGUUGAUCCUCUUACCUACCACGGAGCUGUUGUGGUUCUAUCUAGUCUUGCUGUUCUAUGUCGCUUUGCCUUCAACUCAAAAGCUGCAAAAACGAUUUUGACAAUAUUUGGGCAGAUUGCUCCAGUGAUGUUUGAUUUGACAGUGAUGGUGCUUUUUGUACUAUAUCUCUUUGCCAUCCUUGGAUUGGAAAUCUUCUAUGGUUGGACAGUCAACUCCCAUACUGAUGAUACGUAUGCCAGUUAUGGUUGUGGUUUAGGCUUUGAUACAUUUGGAUGUGCCAUGCUGGUGCUGUUCCAGAUCCUGACCACCAGUAACUGGCAUGAGAUCAUGAACAAUGUCAUGUUAUAUGUGCAUGAUGCAGCAGCACUCUACUUCAUACCUUGUUUCUUUGUUCUGGACAUGAUGAUUAUGAAUCUUGUGGUUGCUAUUGCCAUUGAAGCUUUUAACAAGUUUGUUCCGACAACUCCUGAUGAACCCAAGCAUAAUGAAGAGCAAAGCUUUGGUCAGAAGGCUAAAUCUAGAUUGAGCCGGUGGUUUGCUUCAUCAAGGGAAAAGCCCAAGUUGCAGCGAAAGACAUCCCUGGCUGAAAAAAAUCUUGAGAGAUGGUCUAACCCCUCAGUUGCUGGAUCAAGAGCUUCCAUUUCCAUGGCUAGAAGACUCAGUGUCCACGAUGAUGCUCGCCAGAGUGAUGUUGAACGGGCUCUGCACAAAAAAGAGGAAGAAAUGCCCACCGAAACUGAGGUUGACUCGGACGAGGAGGACUAUGCAGGGUUGACCAUUCAUGAGAGGAAGGAGCGACAGCUGAAGAGGAGGAUGCGCCAGAGGAAGAAGAAAUGGAGGACGUUCAAGGUCAUAGCAGCAUUCAGAAAAAAAUCGGAAGAUCAGAUCAAUCUACAUGUUGGGGAUGAGGUGAAGAUUAUUGAGAAGGCUGGCGAGCUCAUGAAAGGAAAGUCCCGUGGAAGAAUUGGAUGGUUUCCCGCUAAAUAUGUUGUGGAGAUGGUACGUGGCAUUGGAAAGAAGGGUCGUAAACAGGCUGCGCCGGAAGGCAGUGAUGAGGAUGAUGUGUUCACAGAGAAUCCAACAUGUAAAACAAAUCAAAUAAAUGAGAGCUCAAAUGCUGAUAGUCAACUGCCAGAUGGGCAGGGUCUUGAUGUGGUUGCAGUGACAAUGGCCAACCCAUUGAAUGCCACCUACUCACCCCCAAGCAGUCCUACACCAUGGAAGCACCGAGGAAAACUUGCUGUUAAUCAUGAGACACCUCAUCAGGUCAUGCAGCAUCGGGCUUCAUCUCCACAAAUUCAGCGUUCGACAUCGCCGCUAGAAGGUGUGCAAGACACACGGCCAUCUACCCCGAAAAAGAAAAUAUUGCAGUCACAGGGAGAUUGGAGGAGGAGGAUACUUGGUGAUAUUACUGUUAUGAAUCAAGAUGAGAUGCUGGAGCUGAACAGAAUUGUUCGGACUAAAAUACGUGACAAGAAGAGGUCAUCCAGACAGUAUUCACUCUCUGUAUGUUCUGGACACCAGUUUUUAAGACCUGAAGAAGAGAAGCUGCACCUGAUAGCGGCAGAGGCAUCAUUGCAUGAGGAUAUUAUUCCUGAAGAGGCCGGUGAUAGGUCACUUACUGACACGGGUGCUAGGAAUAAAAUGCAAAACCAAAUACAAAUUUUGGUUGAAGAAUCUGAAGGUGAAAAAGGCCAACAAUUGGAGGAGCCGUUUAUUGGAACACAGACUGGGCAUCACUUGCGUGUUGCUGUCUCUGCCACAACUGGGCUGAAGCGAAAUAGGCCAAAAAGUGGAGAUGGGGAGUUACCCGAUUGGGCCAAGAAACUAGUUGCUACUCACAAUAUUCAGGUUAGCGAAGAUGUCAAAGCACCUGAGGAAAAUGUGGUCCAAGAGUCAGGGUUAAGCGCUGCAAUGAGAAAAGGAAGACUGUCUGGUGACUCUGCUUCCAGUAUAUUAGAGAAGGAAGUCUAUUUGCUGAAGAAGAGAGAAAUGACAUUAAAGCAACAGGACACUUUUGAUGAAGAAGACAAAACUGAUGCCGGGUGUGGACAUGAUAAGAGCCAGAACAAGUCUGAUUAUGAGAAGAGUGAUGCUAAUGUUCAAAAGAAAGAUGAUAAUGAUGCUAGUCAGAAACAAAAAAGAAUUGACAAGGCAAGAAAACACGCUACUGAAGUUGGUCAAGCCCAACCUGUGCAUAUGGAGCCAGUCACCCGAUCCCAUAUGGAUGAGGUGAAGGUGGAUCACUUCCUUCACUUCAUCUCUAGGCCAGAAUUUCUUCAAGAUGUAGCGUAUGGAACUCGUACUAUGAAGCUGAGCCAUGGGGAGAAACUGGAGAUACAAAAUGUUGUGAGGACUACCAUCGUGUCAAGACUCAUUCAGUUGUACCUAGCAUACUGCGAGGAAAUUGGUUUUCAACCACUGAAAAGAAGCUCACUCUUCUCAAUAAUUCAGGUGUGCGCUGCAUCUCAAAAAAAGUCCCUGGCUGGAUUAGACAACAUUGCCGCAGAAGGAUCUCAAGCAUUCGAUACCCUACUCAAAGUUUUGGAAGUCCUUGGAGACUGUGGUUAUCCACAUGCAACAAUAGAGGACUUGAAUGUCAAGAUUCAGUCUGCGAGGGUUUACCUAAAGACGGAUUUCAAACUUCAUGUCAGCAAAGCCAGCCAGUGCCCUGACCACUGUAUCAUGUAUGCCUUGGGGGAUGGUACAACACCUUGCAGCCACAAACAUGAUUUGUCAUGUCAACGAUGUGACGAGAUAUCGUAUAUAUUUGAUACCAUCGAGUCAGCCUUCAGCGAUUCAGACGUGUCAUACAGAUAUGAGAAACAGAGGGAAGAGCUUCUUUUUUUACUUUGAAGCGGCAAAGGAGAAGAUCAUUCAACUGAAGGCACAUUUGCUGAGGGCCAAGAACCAGGAGAGGGCCAAGACCAAAAUUCUUGAUGAGCUGCUGCCAAACCAAUGCUUGAUGACCAUGGACUGGGCAAUGAAAUUCCUACCGAUGAAGUUCCGCGAGGCCCAGCAAGACUGGUUUGCUAAGAAAGGCAUCUCCUGGCAUGUGUCUGCGUUGGUGACAAAGACAAUGGAAAACGAGUACCAGAUACACUGCUUUGUCCACGUGCUCGAUCAAUGCAAGCAGGAUUGGUUCAGUGUCUACUCGUUGAUUGAGGCCUGCAUCGCAAAGCUUCAA